AAAGUCAAGGUCUAGGUAGAAGUAUUCGUUGUUAUAAUAUGGAGAUCUAUUUCUCUUCCUGAUCAUUCCUGUGCUUUAUUUUUUGGUUCUUCUUUAGAAGGUUUUUGAUUCAGUAAAAAGAAAAAAGAAAAAAAAUGGAUCCCCGGUUGGUGGAGGCAGUGCGAAAAGGAAACGUCAUUGAACUACAGAAAUUACUUCAAGAGGACCACCUCGUACUUGAGAGAGGUUCAGUGGCAGUGUACCCUGAGACUGUCCUACACAUUGCAGCCAUGGGUGGGCAAACAGACCUUGUGAGGGAGCUACUGAAGCUUAAACCAGAUUUUGCCACCAGACUGGACAAGGACGGGUUUAGCGCAAUACACAUAGCCUCCGCCAAUGAUUUUGUGGAAACAGUGAGAGAGCUACUGAAGUUUAGCCGUGAGCUUGCCCGUCUUAACAGCAGCGAUGGAAGGACUUCCCUUCAUUGUGCAGCUGUAACUGGGAGGCUUCAUGUCAUUAGGGAAUUGCUCGGCUUUUAUCCCGGCUGUAUCGGAGACGUGACUCUAAGAGGCGAGACUGCGCUUCACCUAGCCGUGAAGUAUAACCAAUUUGAGGCCUUCAAAGCCAUGUUUGAUAUGCUCAGGCAGCUUAACAUACACGAAAUUCUGAGUGCUGGGGAUGAUGAUGGCAACACUGUCUUACACCUUGCAGUUGCUAGGAAGCAGAGUCAGACAGUGAAAUUGCUACUUGGUGGUGAUGGUAGCCAACAAGAAGCAGCCGGUGUGAAUGUGACCAACAAGAGUCGCUUCACUGCUUUGGAUGUGUCUGAUGUCGUACUCGUACAGGAAAUGGUGGGUGAACCCACUAAUUUCAUGGUCAGGGAUUUGCUUCUGCGCGCAGGAGCCUUAAGAGGGUCAGAAGUUGAAGACUUUGACACUUAUGCUCAAGUUCAUCACAAGCAGAUCUCGGUGACGGCUCUGCCUCCCCAGACUCUCUGGCAGUUCUUAUUACAUGAUAUUUCACUUCUAAACCCUUGGAGAAUUUGGAAAACGUUAACAGAGGAAGUGAAAAAGUCACCAUCACAAACUCAAAAUGCUUUGCUGGUUGUGGCUGUACUUAUCGCAACUAUAACCUACCAAGCCAUACUAAGUCCUCCCAAUGGCUUUUAUAGCGGCACAGAUUACUCUGCUGCUAAAAUAUCAGACAAUUUACAAGAAUUCAUUCCAUUCAUGGUUCCCACUUCUAUUGGGUUUUUUGCAUCGCUUGCCGUGAUUAUUUUGGUUAUGGAUGGGUUUCCACUCAAAGCAUUGUUGGGGAUCGCUGUGCGUUGCAUGGCUGCAAGUUAUAUUUGCGGGCUUUUGUUGAUUGGACCUACUGGUUUAAAUGCUUCUCAUUGGGCAAUGACAAUAAUAGGAAUAAUGGUCUUCAUGGACUUAUUUCGCUUCGGCUACUGGUUAGUCAAGAGAUGGUCCAAAGAAAUUAGAAACAGAAGAAGAAUGUAAUUAAUGACGUCCGAGAACCUUUUGUGUGCUUUCACUUUCACUUUGCUAUUUUCUAUUUCUUAGCUAAGUAGCUAUAGACUAUGUUAUGUUAGGGAAUAAGUUUAUGCAGCAAGUCAUCAAGUCAUGUCAUUCACAUCAGCCUGCACAGCAAGUCAA